CCCCAUUGAAUCCGUGGACUGGUUAAACAGUUGUGAAUGUAAUCAGUACAUUUAUUUAAACCGUUUACGUAAACGCCGUAUGGCUUGGUGUUCUGGAUUAUCGCGGCAGUAUUGUGACAAGAGGAGAAACCUGUUAUUCACUUGUUUUACCACUUUGUAACAGUUUUGUUGUAGCCUUUAGUGUUUUUGUGUGUGUGAUGGACGCCAUUUUAGGUUGAUUACACUAGCCACAUUGUUUCAGGCCUUCCACAUAUAUCACUUUGUGGGAUUUUUUUUUUAUGAAAUUUUGACUGCAUUGAACAAAUAUUUUGGAGGAACUUUGAUACGGACACUGGCGCGACACAUUCACUCAUACGGACAUUGAUUGAACUCUUUAUUUCUUGAUCAUAUUUGGACGUUACGGACAGCUAACGGCUAAACGCCAUAUGGUCCUGGGACAUUGUGAAACAGCGGGAUACCUUCUCGCCUCUGCUGGGAAUUCAGUGGACAAUAAGUCACUUGCGUCAUUAAGAAUACGUGUUGCACUUGAUCACAAUCUCUUUGAACAUUUCUCUUUUCAAUUCGCAGUUUUUCACUUCUCUUUUCCGUUAGGCAUAAUCCAUAGGGGCUCCAUUGCAUUAAAAAUGGUUAAACUGAUGAGAAAACAUGGCUAUUAUUCUUAAAUUGUUCAUUGUUAGCUGAUAAACAUACAUUUGAGUAAGGUUGAUCGCUGGGCUUUGCCCAGUGUGGUUGAGUUUGUUUGUUUGUGGUGGUGGUAUUUUCCCACAAGGAUUGUGUAAACAUGUCUUGUGUCCAUUACAAGUUUUCUUCUAAACUGAACUACGACACGGUCACCUUCGAUGGCCUUCACAUCACGCUCUGUGAUUUGAAACGUCAAAUCAUGGGGCGAGAGAAGCUGAAGGCCGCGGACUGCGACCUGCAAAUCACCAACGCGCAAACCAAUGAGGAAUACACAGAUGAUGGAGCCCUCAUCCCCAAAAACUCAUCUGUUAUCAUCAGACGCAUACCCAUUGGGGGGGUCAAGUCGACUAGCAAAACAUUUGUCAUUGAUCGAUCUGAACAAUCAAGUGGAUCUUCAAAAGCAAUCGAUGAUUCUUCCAUUUCUCUGGCCCUGCUUUCAAAGACAGCCAAUCUUGCUGAAACAAACGCAUCAGAGGAAGACAAAAUAAAAGCAAUGAUGUCUCAGUCCAACCAUGACUAUGAUCCGAUCCACUAUGCAAAGAAACUUGUUGGUCCACCCCCACCAAAUUACACAUGCUUUCGUUGUGGAAAAACUGGACAUUACAUCAGAAACUGCCCAACAAAUGGGCAGGAUCGAAGUUUUGAAGCUCCUCAACGGAUAAAGAAAAGCACAGGAAUUCCUCGGAGUUUCAUGGUGGAGGUAGAUGAUCCAAACAGAAAGGGAGUCAUGCUGACUAACAGUGGCGCAUAUGCUAUUCCUACUAUUGAUGCUGAGGCUUAUGCUAUUGGGAAGAAAGAGAAGCCACCCUUCUUGCCACAGAAUCAGUCAUCAUCCUCGGAGGAAGAAGAUCCUGUGCCUGAUGAGCUGCUGUGUCUUAUCUGCAAGGAUCUUAUGACUGAUGCUGUGGUUAUCCCCUGCUGUGGAAAUAGCUACUGUGAUGAGUGUGUUCGUACAUGUUUGCUGGAGUCUGAUGAACAUGUUUGCCCCACCUGCAAACAAUCGGAUGUAUCUCCCGAUGCUUUGAUUGCUAACAAGUUUUUGCGCCAAGCAGUAAAUAAUUUUAGGAAUGAAACCGGAUACACCAAGAGGAUUCGCAAAGCUACUGCUUCUCAAUCAGCAGUUCAAGGAACCCAAGCACAGGCUCCUGUGCAGCGGCCACCUCUGAGGCCCGCCUCUUCACGCCAACAGGAUCCUCUGAUGGCCAAUCUUCCGAGCUCAACAGCUGCUAGCACUCCUCCCCAAAGCAUGCCAGCUGCAGCCUUGUCUCCUGCUAGCACUCAUCAGCCCUCUAGCACCCCACCUUCUACCAGCUGCUCUAACUUGCAGAGUAGCAGUACACCUGCAAUGAACUCUCCUCAUCACUCUACUAUGCAGGAUGAUCCGCCGUUGUCCAAGGAGGAACCUGCAUCUGAGGUCCCCGCAUCUUCUGUUUUGCCUUCAUCAGAGACCUCUGUCCCAACAACUUCUGCUGGUCCAAAGGGGUUCCAUGUCCAAGUGAUUGGGCAGCCUAAUAUGCCUCAGCAUCUCAUGCACAGACCAGGACCGCCAAGGCCUAGUGGACCAAGGCCAACUGGGAGCCGUUCUCAAUGGGAUCUGUCCUCAAGUAGAGGGAGGAGACCUCCUAGUGAGCGACCACAAAGGACACCGCAACCUCCACCAGUGCAAAACCUUCCUCCUAUAGGCCCCCCAGUAUUCGUGCCUCCUCUUUUUCCACCUCCACCACACCCCAUGCCUCAGCCACCAGGUGUCAUUCCUCAGCAGUAUCCCAUGCAGUAUCCUCCAGGACAGCAGCCGCCUCCUCCCUUCAACAUUCCGCCACCUGUCUUUCCACCAAUCCCACCUAAUGUGCAGGCUCCCUGGGUGGCUCCUGGCACUCAGCCACCCAUAGCCAACCCUAUCCCCAAUAUACCAACAGCACCGUUUCUAUCCAAAGAGGAAUUUUACAGGCAGCAGCGCAGACUGAAGGAAGAUUCCCAAUCUCGAUUUGUAACCAGGGAGAAAAAGUCUAAACUUGAGGAGUUUACCAAUGACUUUGCCAAAGAGCUUUUAGAGUACAGGAAGAUCCAGAAGGACAGAAGAAGAUCGUACUCUAGAUCAAAAUCUCCAUACAGAGGCUCUUCUUACAGUGGCUCAUCAUAUUCCUAUUCCAAAUCACGUUCACGGUCCAGAUCACCACGCUCCUACUCUAGGUCAUUAUCCCGGUCUAGAUCCCGUUCACGCUCUCGUUCACGAUCACGCUCCUACUCUCGCUCACCAUACUCCCGCAGGGGCAGAGGUCGGAGCCGUAGCUAUCGAUCCAGGUCACACAGUCCAGCAUUCCAUCGCUCCCGCAGCAGAUCGCCAUCAUAUAGGGGUCGAGGUGUGAGUGAGAUGGGCAGUUCAAUCUAUCGUUCCCGUUCCAGAACCCCAGUAUAUAAGAAUUGCAGUCCCAGCAAGAAACUCCCACCUUCACAGAUGGAGGGGGAGCGUAAAUUCUCUGGCAGGUACAGAGAGCUUCCACCUUAUGAUGCUAAGGCUUAUUAUGGCCGCAACGUAGACCAGAGUGACCCCUACGAGAGAGAACGGUACAGAGAGUGGGAAAGAGAGUACAGGGAGUGGUAUGACAAUUACCUCAAGAGCUACAACAACCAACCCGGUGGUCACCCGCGGAGCCGUCGUCCAAGCAGCAGAGAUCCUAAUACCCCUGAGCGUUUUGCCCCUCCUCGACCAAGAGAAAACUCUCCCUUUAGUAGGGGACAUCGGGAGGAUUACCCGCCAUCUUCUCAAAGUCAUGGAGUUACCCAGAGAGGCCGCGAUGCCAUGACAUACCAAGAGAAGUGUGCUGAGAAGUACGGCCACCUCCACAUCAACACCGGUUCUGGUAAAGGACUUAAAGACUCUUUGAAACCUCUUAAGGACAGAGAGCCCAGUAGCAGCACUGCUACAGACCUCAAGACUUUGAAACAUAAGAAACAUCGCAAAAAGAAGAGAGAUGAUGGUGACCCCUUCAGUCUCUCUGACACUAUGGAUAAUUCCAGGAAAGAUGAACGCAAAGGUGACUCUAUGAUGAUGAAUUCAAGCCGUGACGAUGCCACACCUGUCAGGGAUGAGCCCAUGGAUAGUGCUACGGUGCCCUACAAACGCACCCCUGAAAAGGAGAAGAAAGAGAAAACUAAGAGCAAGACAGACAAAAUUAAAGUAAAGUCUGAAAGCAGUGGACAGAAAGAAAUUACAGGAAAGGGGACAAAGCCUGCCAAAGAGGAGGCAGAUGCACUGCGAGAUAAGGUGACUCCAACUGAAUCAGCCAUUAAGAGAGUCAAAGAAGAACCACCCCACAAAUCUGAAGUGACCAAACCUCAAUUCAUUGAGUCUAAACUCAUGCUCCCUCGCAAGCUGAUGCAGUCUAGACCCAUCAAACGCCAUCAAGAGCUUAAGUCAGUCAAAGAUGAACUUAAAGGCAAGAAAGAAUUUGUGAAAGACCCAGCAAAGCAAGAGAAAAUUCCUGGAAAAGAUGGGAAGGUCAAGAAAGACCUAGAGAAGCCUGUGAAAACUGAGAAAAUACCAACCAAAGCAGUUGACCCCAAACAGGAUAAAAAGAAGCGGAAAUAUGACCAGCCAUAUGUGAAAGACCUGGACAUCCCCCCAGUCAAAAUGGCCAAAAUGGAAGUUACUGACAAAGCCAGAGGCUCUCCAAAACCUAAACCCAGGCUGGAGAAUGAAAGGCCAGUUGAGAAGCAGAAAGUAGUUAUUCCGUCCUUGAUGGAUAUUAAGCCAGAACCUGUGAGAAAGAUAAAAAUUAACAGAGAAAUUGGCAAGAGAAUAAUUGGCAUUGAUUGCCCCAUUUCUGCUGAGGACUUGGUGCAUUCCACAGGAAAGGGCAGGCUGGAAAAGUCUAGGGGAAAACUGAGGAGGAAGGAGCAUGCUCCCGAUGGGUCAGGGUCCAUGCUGGCUGAUUACACCAGCACUAGCUCCACAGGUGGAAGCCCCAUCAAAAGGCAUGAAGAGAAGUUAGACCUAAAGAAAACUGUGGUAAAGACCCUGGAGGAAUACACCAAUGACAGCUCCACCCCUGCUGAAGAUGAAAUUGUCAUGAUCCAAGUGCCCCGCUCCAAGUGGGAAAAAGAGGACUAUGAAUCUGAGGAUGAUGAUUCUAAGGGCACCAUUGGGACUCGCAGUGUCCAUAUAUCCAGCUCUGCUCCUGUGGGUGAGAACACUGUUUUGAAAGCAACAAGCAAGGAAUCUCCCCAUGCUGACAAAGCCCCCUUGGCAUCCAAACCUGCCAAGGAUUCCACAUUAGGUGAUAAGGAGAGGGAUACAGACAAGGAGAAAGAUCGAGACCGAUUGAAAGAAAGAGACCGCAGUGGUGCAGAUUGUGAGGUAACAGAUAAAAGGAAUCCUAGUGUGCCUAAUCAGGAAAGAGGAAGUGACCAUGGCAGUGAGCGGAGCUCCUCAUCCCAGUCCUCCAGGGACAGACUAGCUGACCGAUCUGAACCAAACUCUAGAAAGCCAGAUGGUAGGGAGACUACUAGCCUCACCAACAGAAAACCAGACCACAGAGAUGAUGCAAGAGACCAAUUAAGCACCAGAUUGAGAGAUGAGAGAGGUCUUCUCAGGAGAAGAAUAUCGCCCUCCCCACCCUCUAGGGUAAAGGACACAGACUCUGUAAGAAAAGGCCUGGAGGUUUCUCAGGAGUCUCAAAGCCCAACUAGGGAGAAGAGAACAUCAUCCCGAAACGCCUCAGAGCCCAAAAGAACAGGGCAAGAGGACCACAAAUCACUGAGUAAGGAGAGCCAGAAUUCUAGGCAUUCUGAUAUGCGUCCCACAAAAGACUCACACAGGACUCCUCAAAUAGCGGCGACUCCAGAGUCUAGGGCUGAUUCAGAGAAAGGUGGCACACAUGGUGACCACAUCAAAAUACUAGCCACACGCUCAACACGACUGUCCUCUGAUUUAGCACGAGAAACUGAUGAAGCCGCGUUUGUCCCGGACUACAGCGAAAGUGACAGUGAGACCUCGGACUUUGAGAGCAAAAUGGAGCAGAGAGGGCAACAGAGGGACAGCAGUGGCAGCCAGAGUCCAAGCCCCUCUGGAAGCCAUGGUCAUAGUAGCAGCCCUAGCUCCCCGGGCAGUCAGGACAGCAAAAAGAAGAAAAAGGACAAAAAGGAGAAGAAAGAGAAAAAGAAACACAAGAAGCACAAAAAACACAAAAAGCAUAAGAAACACACAAGUAAUGAAUCUGAAGCAGAGCUCAAAGGACAAAAACACAAAAACAAAAAAAAGAAGUCCAAAAAGAGCAAAGACAAGGAUAAAGAUGACAUGGAAAAAGAUGAGAAAGAUUAAUAUGUGGCAAAAGUAUCUGUAUAAUAAAUUACAGGUUGAUUAUCUAAUUUACUCAUCUUUAAGAAAAAAAAAUUAUAUUGUACUGCAGAAAGGAGGUUGUCUGUUUUAAGUACUGUUCAGCUUUCAUUAUGUACAAUGUUUCAUUGGUUAGAGACAUUAUAUUUUUGUUUGUUAGUUGGCCCUAACCUCUGCCACCAAUGUAAGAGAGUAGCUACUUGAAUGAUUGAAGUUGUGUUGCUUUGGGUUCUGAACUUUCAUUAAUAUUUUGGUUCUGAUUUAAAAUUCUAGCAGGAUUAUUUUGGUUCUGAUAUAAAUCCUAGAAGGAAUCUUUCAUUGAAGUACAUAAUGGUUUAGCAUUAAGGCCAUAGUGGAGGAUGCACUUUAAAAAUGUGAACGUGAUUACAGAUUUGCAAAUGUUUGCCCUUUUGUACCUCAUCUCUUAUAUGUCUGGUGUUGGUGAGAAGCAUAUCAUUAUGGCAGUAUGAUAAUAUUGUUACAGAGAUAAUUGGAUGGUAGUUGCCUGGCAUUGGGGCACACAUUGAUUGCAAAUUAUAUGUUUUUGCACUGUGAAUAUUUCCUCAACUGUUUUAAGUUUAAAUUCUGCUUCACAAGAGUCCUUUAAAUUAUCUGAAGAAAUAGAAUGUUUUGAGGGUAAUAAAUUUUUUUCAGAAA